GCUGUCCAUCACCCUGGCCCCGCCCACAGUGUGCUGUCCAUCAGCCCAGGCCCCACCCCACACAUGUGCUGUCCAUCAGCCCUGGCCCCGCCCCCGCACAUGUGCGGUCUCCCGCCGGACCCUGCACUUGUGCUAUCACUCAGGGGCCGCGCUGGUCACCGAAGCGGACACUGACCACGCUGCCGUGCUGUGGCCCAUGGACACCAUGCUCCUCCUCACAGUCGGGCUGCUGGCCCAGAGCCUGGGUCCGUGUGCGGGGGUCCCUGGGCUGAGGAGGCCCAGCACCCUGUACCCCUGGCGCCGGGCGCCCGUGCCGGGCCGCGUGCGGAGGGCCUGGGUCAUCCCCCCCAUCAGCGUGUCUGAGAACCACAAGCGGCUGCCGUACCCCCUGGUGCAGAUCAAGUCCGACAAGCAGCCCCUGGGCAGCGUGAUCUACAGCAUCCAGGGGCCCGGCGUGGACGAGGACCCGCGGGGCGUGUUCUCUAUCGACAAGGUCUCGGGGAAGGUCUUCCUCAACGCCGCGCUGGACCGGGAGCAGACCGACCGCUUCAGGCUCCGGGCCUUCGCCCUGGACCUGGGAGGGUCCGCCCUGGAGGAGCCCACGGACCUGGAGAUCGUGGUCGUGGACCAGAACGACAACCGGCCCGUCUUCCGGCAGCAGGUGUUCACCGGCCGCGUGCUGGAGGGCGCCGCCCCGGGCACCUACGUGACCAGGGCCGAGGCCACGGACGCCGACGACCCCGAGACGGACAACGCGGCCCUACGGUACUCCAUCCUGGAGCAGGGCGGCCCCCAACUCUUCAGCAUCGACGAGCACUCGGGCGAGAUCCGCACUGUGCAAGUGGGCCUGGACCGCGAGGUGGUCGCCGUGUACAACCUGACCCUGCAGGUGGCCGACAUGUCCGGAGACGGCCUCACGGCCACCGCCUCCGCCCUCAUCUCCCUGGACGACAUUAACGACAACGCCCCGACCUUCACCAGGGACGAGGUCUCUCUGCAGGUCACAGAGGCGGUGAGCGGCGUGGACGUGGGCAGGCUCGAGGUGGAGGACAGGGACCUGCCGGGCUCCCCCAACUGGGCAGCCAGGUUCGCCAUCGUGGAGGGCGACCCAGAUGGGCACUUCGCGGUCCGCACGGACCCCAAGACCAACGAGGCGGUGCUGUCCAUAGUGAAGCCCCUGGACUACGAGGGUCGUGAGCAGUACCACCUCACCGUGGUGGUGCAGAAUGAGGCCCCCCUGCAGGCGGCUGCCGCCCGGGCCGAGCGGGGCCAGGUCAGGGUCAGCGUGGCGGUGCAGGACGUGAACGAACCCCCCGUGUUUCUGGAGAACCCGCUGCGGACCAGCCUGGCUGAGGGGGCGACCCCGGGAACCCCUGUAGUCGCCUUCUUGGCCCGAGACCCAGAUACACAGCAGCUGCAGAGGCUCAGCUACUCCAAAGACUACGACCCCGAGGACUGGCUGCAGGUGGACUCAGCCACGGGCUGGGUCCAGACCCAGCGGGUGCUAAGCCGCGAGUCUCCGUUCCUCAAGGACGGCUGGUACAGGGCCAUCGUCCUGGCGCGCGACGAUGCCUCCCCGCCCUGCACUGCCACGGGGACCCUGUCCAUCGAGAUCCUGGAGGUGAACGACCAUGCCCCUGAGCUGGCCACGCCGUCCGGCAGCCUGUGUAGCGGGCGGCCUGGGCCCGGCCUCCUCCUGGCAGCCACGGAUGCGGACCUGCCCCCCCACGGGGCCCCCUUCCACUUCCAGCUGAACCCCAGGGUCCCAGCGCUGGCCCAGAACUGGAGCCUCAGCCAGAUUAACGUGAGCCAUGCUCGCCUGCGCCUGCGGCACCCACUCCAGGAGGGUCUGCACCGUCUCAGCUUGCUGCUCCGGGACUCGGGGCAGCCGCCCCAGCAGCGCGAGCAGCCCCUGAACGUGACCGUGUGCCGCUGCGGCCAGGACGGCGUCUGCCUGCCCGGGGCUGCCGCGCUGCGCACAGGGGCCGCGGGCAUCAGCCUGGGCGCCCUGGUCAUCAUGCUGGCCAGCGUCAUCCUGCUGCUCCUGCUCGCGCUGCUCGUGGCCCUCCUGGCGCGGUCCCGGCAGCGGUCGUGGGACAAGGGGCUUCUGCGAGGGCUGCAGGACGACCUCCGGGACAACAUCCUCAACUAUGACGAGCAGGGGGGCGGCGAGGAGGACCAGGAGGCCUACGACAUCGACCAGCUGCGCCACCCGACGGGGCUGCCGGUUCCGAGUGUCCGGCUGGGACGGCCACCCCUGCGCCGUGAUGCCCCGUACGGCCACGUGCGCCCCCAGCCCCCACGCGUGCUGCCCACCGGCCCGGCCGACAUUGCCGACUUCAUCAGCAAGGGCUUGGAGGCCGUGGACAGCGACCCCAGCGUCCCCCCUUAUGACACGGCUCUUAUCUACGACUAUGAGGGGGACGGCUCUCUGGCGGGGACGCUGAGCUCCAUCUUGUCCAGCCUGGGGGACGAGGACCAGGACUACAGCUGCCUCCGGGAUUGGGGCCCCCGCUUCACGCGCCUGGCAGACUUGUAUGGCUCCCCAUGAGCCAAGUGGGGCGGCCGGGGAGGUGCUUUCGCCGGGCAUCCCACCUCCCUGCUGCGAGCACAGCGGUCACAGCGGCCGGGC